GGCUCCUUGGGUGAGACCUGCGCCUCCUGAUCCGGUGCCCACCCCGGGUCCAGGCGGAGAGCUCGGUAUCCCGCGGCCUUGUCCACGCACAUCCUUCUUGGCCCAAGUCCCUGCGGCUUGUUCAGGUCGGUCCCUGCGGGCCUCCAUGCACCGCGAGGCCCUGGUCCUGUCCACGUCCAGCCGUCGGAGCGCAGGGCCGGCCGGCCCCCGCCCUUGCAGCCCACGCUGCCUGGUUUGCGCGUUUAAGAGCCGGGCAGGGUCUCCCUGGUGACCGUUGCAGCUCAGCAGUGCGUCUUCCGUGGGUCACAAGUCUGCCUUGUGCUCCAAGCUGCGUCCUAGCACUACCUCGGUCCAGUGCAGGUCUCCUGGGAAAAGAGUUUGCUCUGAUGGUGCAGGGGGUCCUGGAGGCCCCAGUGAGGUCAGACAGGCAGCAUGGAUGACUGGCACAGGGCCUUCGCCCAGAACACACUGGUCCCUCCCCACCCACAGAGAGCACGCCAGCUUUGGAAGGAGUCCACAGCAUUUCAGUGUGUCCUGAAGUGGCUUGAUGGACCCCUAAUUAAGCAGGGAGUGCUGGACGUGUUGUCAGAGGUUGAUUGCCACCUGCGAGUGUCUCUCUUUGACAUCACCUACCGACACUUUUUUGGGAGGACAUGGAAAACCACAUCGAGGCCGACCAUGCAGCGCUCCAGGCAGCCGCCCAGGAUUGUCUUCAGUGAGCUCUUCUACUUCCACACGUCCUUGAACCACCCGAACAUCGUGGCUGUGGUGGAAGUUGUCACCGAAGGCAGGAAGCGGGAUGGUACCCUGCAGACGCUGUCCUGUGGGUUUGGAAUUCUUCGGAUCUUCAGCAGUGAGCCAGAAUCUCCCACUGCCGCGGCCCAGGACAAACGGUUGAGGCUGUAUCAUGGCACCCCCAGAGCCCUCCUGCACCCACUUCUUCAGGACCCCAUAGAACAAAACAAGCACAUGACACUGAUGGAGAACUGCAGCCUGCAGUAUACCCUGAAGCCACACCCACCCCUGGAGGCUGCCUUCCACCUGCUCCCCGAGAACCUUCUGGUGUCUGGUCUUCAGCAGAUCCCUGGCCUCCUAACACCUCAUGGGGAACCAGGGUGGCGUGAACCUCUCCCUGUUCCAGGCGAUGCCUUGUGGAAGCCACGCUUUCAGAAGCCUACCACGUGGCACCUGAAUGACCUCUUCUUUACCCUGUACCCCUCCCUGGAGAAGUUUGAGGAGGAACUUCUGGAUCUGCUUGUCAGCGACCACUUCCGGGAGGGAGGUAGCCCACUGGACAGCGGCACCCUGGAGGUCCUGGAACGGCGCCUACAUGUCUGUGUCCACAACGGCCUGGGCUUUGUACAGAGGCCACAGGUGGUUGUGCUUGUACCUGAGAUGGAAGUAGCCUUGACACGCUCGGCCAGCUUCAGCAGGAGAGUCAGCUCAUCCCCUAAGAGCAGCUCUGGGAACCAGGCUCUAGUUCUGAGAAGCCACCUGCAACUCCCGGAGAUGGUCAGGCACCCGGCGUUCGCCAUCGUCUUCCAGCUGGAGUACGUGUUCAGCAGCCCCUCAGGAGCGGACGGCAGUGCCUGCUUGGCUACCUCCUUGUCCAACUUGGCGUGUAUGCACAUGGUUCGCUGGGCUGUUUGGAACCCCUCGCUGGAAGCCAGCUCUGGAAAGGUGACUCUGCCACUGCAGGGGGGAGUUAGGCAGAACCCCUCACACUGCCUGGUCUAUAAGGUGCCUUCAGUCAGCAUGAGCUCCAAGGAGGUGAACCAUGUGGAGUCGGGAACCAUCCAGUUCCAGUUCUCGCUGAGUGUGGACACCCCCCCAGAGCAUCCCAAGGCAGAGCAGCGGUCCUUCAGGAAGCCACCCAUGUCCCCUUCAGGUUCUUGCCCUGCAGAGGCUGAUGCCCUUUUGCUCUCCACGCCAGGCACACCAGCGCCAGUGGCUCGGGGUCUUGCUGCCACCCAGGACUCACCUGUGGGACCAGGGUUGUCGCUUUCCCAGCUGGCGGCCUCCCCACAGUCCCUGGCUCCUUGUGUUUCUGCCAAGCCCCCUCCUCAGCCCCUAGACAGCCGUCGGUCCCCGGAGGCCCCCCAGCUCCAGGCACAGGAGUCCCGAUUGGAGGGCAGGGUCUCUCACCUGGAAGCUGACCUGAGCCAGACUUCCCUGGUCCUGGGGACGCCUGCUGGCGAGCACUUGCAGGAGCUGCCCUUCGCUCCUUUGCACGCCCCCAUUGUAGUGGGAGCCCAGACCCUGAGUUCUAGAAGCCACCUCUCCAGAGCCGCGAUGGCUGUCCUGCAGUCUUCUGGUUUCCCAGAGAUUCUUGAUGCCAGUCAGCAGCCGGCCGAAGCCGUCGAUCCCGUAGAUCCUGUGAGGUUCAGCCCUCAGAAGGAGGAGUCGGACCAUCUGCAAGGCAAUGAGAUUGUGCUGCAGUUUCUUGCCUUCAGCAGAGCGGCCCAGGACUGCCCAGGAGCACCGUGGCCACAGACCGUGUAUCUCACCUUCCAGUUCUACCGCUUCCCACCCGAGACGACACCGCGGCUGCGGCUGGUCAGGCUAGAUGGGACAGGGAAGACCAGCUCUGGCUGCCUGUCCCACGUCCUCGUUCCCAUUAAUAAAGAUGGCUCCUUUGACACUGGGUCUCCUGGCUUCCAGCUGAGAUACAUGGUCGAUGCCGGGUUCCUGAAGCCGGGUGAGCAGCGUUGGUUUGUCCACUACCUGGCGGUGCAGACACUGCAGCUCGACAUCUGGGAUGGAGACUCAUUGCUCCUCAUUGGUUCUGCCGGUGUCCAGAUGAAGCACCUCCUCCGCCAAGGGCGGCCAGCUGUGCAGAUCUCACAUGAACUGGACGUUGUGGCCACUGAGUACGAACAGGAAACCAUUGCCGUGAGUGGGGACCUAGCUGGCUUUGGCAGUGUCAAGCCCAUCGGUGUGCACACGGUGGUGAAGGGCCAGCUGCACCUGACCUUGGCCAACGUGGGUCACGUCUGUGAGUCCCGAGCACGAGGUUCCAGCUCCCUGCCACCGUCCAGAUCUCGGGUCAUCUCCAAUGAUGGAGCUACCUUCUUCUCUGGGGGAAGUCUCCUUACUCCGGGAGGCCCCAGGCGAAAACGCGUUGUCCAAGCGCAGAAGCUGACUGACGUAGACAGUGAGCUGGCUGCCAUGCUGCUGACCCAUACUCGGGCUGGCCGGGGGCCCCAGGCUGUGGGCAGAGAGUCAGAUGCUGUACAUAGACGCAAGCUGGAGAGGAUGCGGUCGGUGCGCCUGCAGGAGUCUGGAGGCGAGUCCAGCAGCUGCAGGACCAGCUUGCUGGCCCAGCAGAGAGUCCGUGCACAGCACUCACGGGACCUGCAGGUCAUUGAUGCCUACCGAGAGCGCACGAAGGCCGAGAGCAUCGCCAGUGUGCUGAGCCAGGCCAUUACCACCCAGCACACGCUGUAUGCCACAGUGGGCACAGCUGAGUUCUUUGAGUUUGCACUUAAGAAUCCCCACAACACGCAGCACACGGUGACCAUCGAAAUUGACAACCCUGAGCUCAGCAUCAUCCUGGACAGUCAGGAGUGGAGGUAUUUCAAGGAAGCCACAGGCCUGCACACGCCACUGGAGGAGGACAUGUUUCACCUGCGUGGCAGCCUGGCGCCCCAGCUCUACCUGCGGCCCCGGGAGACCACCCACAUUCCUUUCAAGUACCAGAGCUUCUUUGGGGGCCCAUUGACCCCAACACAGGCCCCUGCUGAGCUGAGCUCAGAGAAGGAUGCACACUCCGGAUCACUGUGGAGGAGCAGCACCAUGCCCACUAAACGUGCUAAGGUCCUGUUCCGGGCGGGCAGCGGCAGACCCAUCGCUGUGCUCUGUCUCACUGUGGAGCCCCAGCCCCACGUGGUGGACCAGGUCUUCCGCUUCUACCACCCGGAACUCACCUUCCUGAAGAAGGCCAUCCGCCUGCCUCCCUGGCACACGCUUCCAGGUGCUCCUGUGGGGUUGCCUGGUGAUGACCUCCCAGUCUAUGUUCGAUGUAGCGACCCCAACGUCAUCUGCGAGGCCCAGAACGUGGGCCCCGGGGAGCCGAGGGAUGUGUUUCUUAAGGUGGCCAGCGGUCCGAGCCCGGAGAUCAAAGACUUCUUUGUCGUUAUCUAUGCGGAUCGCUGGCUGGCGGCGCCUGUGCAGACGUGGCAGGUCUGCCUCCACUCCCUGCAGCGUGUGGAUGUCUCCUGUGUUGCAGGCCAACUGACCCGUCUGUCCCUUGUCCUCCGGGGAACACAGACUGUUAGGAAGGUGAAGGCCUUUACCUCCCAUCCCCAGGAGCUGAAGACAGACCCCGCGGGUGUCUUUGUGUUGCCGCCUCACGGGGUGCAGGACCUGCAUGUGGGUGUGAGGCCGAGGAAGGCGGGCAGCCGCUUUGUCCACCUCAACCUGGUGGACAUGGACUACCACCAGCUGGUGGCCUCGUGGCUCGUGUGCCUCUCCUGCCGCCAGCCGCUCAUUUCCAAGGCCUUUGAAAUCACUAUGGCUGCCCGAGAAGGGAAGGGCGUCAACAAGAGGAUCACGUAUACCAACCCCUACCCCUCCCGGAGGACCUACUACCUGCACAGUGACCGCCCUGACCUGCUGCAGUUCAAAGAGGACUCUUUCCAGUUGGCGGGAGGAGAGACCUACACCAUCAGCCUGCGGUUUGUGCCGAGUGGCAGUGUGGGGCAGGAGGAGAUUCUGAUCUACAUCAAUGAUCAGGAGGACAAGAAUGAAGAGACAUUCAGUGUGAAGGUCAUCUACCAGUGAGGGCGUGGCAGGGCAGCCGGUGCCUGUCCUGGCAUGCCCCGACACUAGCAUGCUCGCCACAGACUCCUCCCAGCCUUGCAGUCACCGUGACCCCAGGAUUGGCCUGGAUGACUAGGGGAGCUGGCUGUGUGGGUAGAGGCUGUGUUCCUGCCUGUGUCCAGCUUAGCUGGGCCAACACCAGCCAGGCCAUAGGACCAGUUUCAGGAGCGAAUGUGACCUUGAGGUGACCACAGCAGGGGCCCUGCUGUGCCUAUGGCACACACCAGGCCACACUGCCUCCCUGCAGCUCACAGACUGUCACCAUCUAGAACAAAGUGUGUUUUGUAAAUCACUGAACGAUAAAAUUUUGUUUUUCUUACUAGAUUUUGUAUGAACAUAAUCUAUAUGUAUUUGCUACACUUUGUACUGGAAUCAUUUUGCACCUGGACUGUAGGUUAUUGAAUGAACUGUUCUGCUCUGCACUGUGUCUCCUCACCACUUUCCAGGGUUCCUCCUGCUGGGGUGGGGUCCACAGGUGAGCUUGGAUUUCUCUUGAGGAAAAUGUGUCUGGGGUGGGGUGGGGAGCAGAGCUGUGAGGAUGGCAAGUCAAGUGGGUGACGGGAGCACAGGGCAUGCAGCUCCCCAGUCCAGAGGAGGUGCCUGCUGACCUGGAUGGUGACCAGGUCACCUGCCUUGGGGUCACCUGUAGUGAUAAACAUUCCUUUUCCAUAGGGGAAGUCGGUCAGGGCAGUUGAUCUCCACUGCCGCCAUGCAGCCCCCUGGCCAGGAUGCAGUGGCAUCUUAGGUUUGCGUCCCUUCAGCUGCUCCUGAGGUUGGAGCUGCAGCUGUGUUUGCGAGUCUCGCUGGGAGAGGAGGGAGUGGCACGCGGGCUGCCAUUAGCAGUGUCUGUGUGUCCUGUACCGUUCUUGGCCCAGGUCUUGGUCCACUUCCUGUCCUGUUGUGCCACAGUGGACCCAUGUUUCCCCUUCGGAAGGAGUUGGUUUUCCUGCUGACAGGCCCCAGUGUCCAGCCCUGCUCGGGAACUUGUCAUCUGUCCCCACCGAAGAGGCUUUUAGAGUCCAGGGAAGCCACAUGCCGUCUCCCUGGAGUCCUGCAGGCCGAGCACAGCAUCCAGCAAGCCUGCGAUGAGGCUGAAGCCGCAGUGCUCGGAUCCAUCUGGGCCUGAACUUAGUUUUUAUGGUUCUUUAAGGUCUGUGUCUUCACCUUUGGAUUGCCUUUCUGAGCUACUGAACACCCUUGGGAGGUCAUGGCACCCAUGCCCUCUCUUCCCCUGUCCUUUCCCUCCGUCCCUGCUUCCCCCCAAGCCUGGGUUGGUGGUGGUGCUGCUCUGGAGGCAGGGAAGGCCUUGUGUCGAGUUAGAGCAGCAGCACAGCUGUGGCUAGGUGGUCCUCGUGUCUCAUUGUCCCUGCUCAUGCAGCAGAGGGCAGCUGGGGCCACUUUCUCCUGGUAUGGAAACCUCAGCCAUAUGUUGCUGCUGUGGAGAUGAAUGAGCACUUGGUUCAGGCCCAAGCCUGGUCUUGGCUGUGCAGAAGCAGGUGGGAGAGCUGGGGCGGCAGAACUUGGGGCCAGUGGGAGGCCUGGGCCCUCAGAUUCCCUGCUGCAGAGCGGCCUCUGGCCCUCAGGACUCCCCACCACUCAGGGCUGCACCUGCAGAGCCACAGGUGGACACCGCCCCUCCCCUGCUCUUGGUCAGACACUUCCAGACAGGGCAGUUAUAAGGUGGCCUUGUCUGGGGACAGAGUGAGCCCUGGACUUGCAGGUCUUGUGCCAGCGCUGUUCGUGGGAGUGGACAGCUGUGCUGUCCCAACAGAUGAGGACGUUCACACUGCUGGGUGUGAGUGGCCCCCCUGGAGGAGCUCCUGCCUCCAGGUUGCUGGUUGGGCUCUGCCCUGGCUUCCCCCCAUGAGGACUAUACUCUGAGCUGAAAUAAACUCUGUCCUCCCCAAGUUGCUUUUUGGUCAUGGUGUUUAUCACUGCAACGUAAAAGUAGCUAAGACACAACCCUAGGUCCCAACUUGGUGCCUAGCAAUUUCUUUGCCUUUGGAGGGCAUGCCCAAGCAAGGGCAGAGUGUUUGGAUGUGGCCCAUAGGACCGUUGUAUUCAGUGAUACCCCGGGUGGGUGAUACCCCGGGUGGGUGAGUGUUGCUUGUCUGGAG